AUGGAAUGUUCAGUGCCUGAACAUUCCGCUGGGGAGGAAACCGACGGGAGUGGCCUCGCUGUGGGCCAAAAGAGGAUGGGGAGCCUGAUGGGAAGUGCGGGCUCCAUCACCUCGUUGUCGGAGUCGGUGCUGGGCAACAAGCGCCUCUAUUCUGAGGUGGCGACUGGUUCCGGCACCGACACUGAGGUCGGUGUGCCACGGGCACAGUCAGUGGCGAAGAGGGGCAAGGCCCGGGGUGCCUCGCACCUGACGAGGGCCCGGGCUGAGGCGAGGAGGAGUCAAGAGGAGGAUGCCGAGGCUUCCUUCUCGGCCUCUCUAGGGGCUCGGGCCUUCCGGAGGGGAGGACCCCCGAGUGGUGGGGACGAUGAUGUGGUGGUGGCCCCCAUUGAUGCGCGGGACUUUGGGGCCAUGGGUGCUGAUGGACUCAUGGCCACUGCGGUGGAGAGGCUGGGUAUAAUAACCAGCCUCGUCGGAAAGACUGCCGCCCUCAAGGGGGGCUUCAACUCUAAAAUUAUGCGGGCCUCCUCGGAUAUCAGGGAUAUCGUGGACACCCUGGUGGCGCGCAGCGAGUCGGACGAAGUUCGACGCCUUAAGGCCGAUAAUGGUCGCCUCCAAAGGGAGGUGGCCAUUAUGAAGGCUGAGGUCGCUGCGCUCCGCCGGGGGUUCGAGGAGGCUCGCCGUGACAACUCCGAGGUGGCGAGGGCUGCAAGGACGGCCAUUGAUCGGGCCUCCGGUCUGGGUCCGGCGCCGCGGCUUGAGCAGCCGGUGGUGGAGUUGGAGGUUCGGGCCCCUGCACGCCCGGCCUCUGAGAGGCGGGGUUGUAAGGGGGUAGGUGCUGGGGGAGUGACAGAGUGGGGGCCCUUCGGGCCGUCGACCUCAACAGCUGUGGUCGACGAAUGCCCGGAGCUCCCCUGGGUCGAAGUCCGGGGGAGGAGGGGGAAGGGGAAGGGCGUGGGAAAGAAGUCCCAGCCCAAACCUGCGGAGCGACCGGCGGCGGCCCCAACAAAGGCCACUGCAACGGCGCCCAAGGCACCCCCCAGGGCGGCGCCAGCGAGGGCGGCCAAGCUGUCGGCCCCUAGCUCCUCGGCUGUAAUUCUCAAGUUACAGCCGGAGGCAGCGCAAAAAGGGGCCACAUACAGCUCCGCCCUCCUUAAGGCCGAGCAGGCGGUGAGCCUGGAGGGGCUAGGAAUCGGCUCGCUUCGGAUUCGCCCGAGUGCGACCGGAGCGAGGCUAAUCGAGGUCUCUGGCCCCUCCAACUCAGACAAGGCAGAUGCGCUUGCAUCGGCCUUGAAGGCGGCCCUUUCCGGCGUCGCGGACGUUUCCAGGCCCGUCAAAACCGCGGACUUCCGCGUGACGGGCCUGAAUGAUGCGGCAACGGCGCAGCGGAUAAAGGCUGCGGUCGCGCAAGCCGGGAGCUGCACGGAGGACCAGGUCUGGGUGGGUGAAAUCCGCUCAGACUGGCGGGGCUCUGGCUCUGCCCUGAUGCGCUGCCCGGUCACGACGGCUAAAAAGCUGAUCGAGGCGGGCAGCCUCACGGUAGGCUGGAGUCGAGUGCAGCUCCGGCACCUGGAGGCGCGCCCCAUGCACUGCUACAAGUGCAUGGGGAAGGGGCACACCGCAUCGCUGUGCCCCUCGCAGACGGACCGCAGCCGGCUCUGCUAUAGGUGCGGGGAGGCAGGGCAUUUGUCCGCCUCCUGCACAGCGGAGCCCCGCUGCGCGGUAUGCCGCGACGCCGGCAAGCCGGCGGGCCACGUGAUGGGGGGUAGGGCCUGCAACCCACCCCCGAUCCGAGGGAAAGGGCCGUCCCCUCCUCCGCGCGAGGGAAGGCAAGGGGAGGCGCCAGUCGGCCAAAUGGAGGAGUGA